UUUUAUUGUGAAUCGGUUAUUAUAAAAAAACGAUUUUAGCGCCAUCUUGACUCAUUUAUUUGACAGUUGACAACAAAACGUGAAGUCCACAUGUUUGAAGCUAUUUGGUGAAAAAUGUCCGAUACAUUGCCAAUCCCUGACUUUCAGACGAACCCCAGUGAGAGUACUAGCCCCCAGCUUCAGGAAUUGAACAAUUUAAGGGAUUUAAGGGACAAGUACACCCAACUUCAAAUAUUACACCAAGCUGUGCUCGAUUUUGUGACCGGUAGUCCUAAUUCUGAACUUAAAACUAAAGUGGAAAAUAUUUUACUUGAAGAAAGUUGCAAACAAGUUGGGGUGCUUGACAAUGAGGGUUUCAGUCAAAACUCAAAUCUUCUGGGAUUACCAUCUUCAAAAAACAACGAAUUGAGUUAUAAUGAAGGUCUCACAUUGGCAAAAUCAGUAGAACAAAUUCUACAACAGAAAUAUAAAAAUAUUCGUGAUGAGUUUUUGAAAGUUACGUCUGAGGAUGUUAAUUCAGUCCCAGGGCGUGACACGUCACAAGAUAAGACUUUAAUCGAAUUGAAGGGAAAAUUAGAAGAGCAACAACACAAAUAUAUAAAUAAUUUAUUAAGUGAGCAAAAAAUUUUGGAAGAUUUAGCGAAAUUGCGACUGGAUUAUUUACCCAAAGUUUGCAAGGAAAAAAUCAAGGAAUGUCAAAUGGAAGCUCACAUAAGUGAACUGAAAACAAAAAUUGUAUCAGAAACCACAAGAAUUGAUGUUUUUAUGGAACAAAGCUACUCAUUAGCGGCCUAUAUGGAACUCCUCAAGGACAUAAAGGAACAACAACUUGAAUUUCAGAGUGAAAUUAAACAUUUAAAGGAGAUGAAGGAAAAAUACAAGCAAGUAGACUGCAAACAAUUUGAUGAUAUUCUCAAAUCCUACAUCCAAUACGAAACCUCUCUUGCAAAGAAGAAAAUGUUGUAUGAAAAUUUCCGUAAAUAAGUAUUUUUAUAUUACUAUUA